AUUGUCCUUUACCCAAAAGGGAACGUAAAGGACAAUGGGAGAUUUAUUUCGAUGUACGUGGAAAUGGACAGCACAAGCUUGGUAUCUACCCCACCAACUGAGGCGUUUGCGAAACUCCGUUUCUUUAUCUACAAUAAGAAAAUAAACAAGUACUUCACUAUUCACGAUGUUGAGGUAAAGCGGUUCAAUGCUCUUAAACUGGUUUGGGGAUUGCUAAAAGUUCUUCCGUAUGCUACUUUUAUUAACCCUGAAAAUGGGUACAUAUUCGAGGGAGGUCAAUGUGAGUUUGGUGUUGAUGUCAUUGUUCCCCCAGCCCUUACCAAUUUGGAGAUCGUCUCUUUUGAUGAAAAACUACUCUCUUCUCCCAAGUUCUCUUGGACUGUUAAGAACUUUUCUGAGUUGAGAGAGGAGAUUUACACAUCAAACAGUUUUCCAAUGGGAGGAAGGAAAUGGGUUCUAAAGGUGUAUCCGAAGGGCAGGUCUAGAGCAGAUGGCAAAUAUUUAUCCGUUUUUUUGUAUCUAGCUGAUAGUGAAAUACUAAAACAAGAUGAGAAGAUUUUCAUGCAAGGAAUUGUGCGACUUCUAAACCCUUUUGGCUCCAAUCACUUGGCACACCAAAUCAGCUGCUGGCACGAAGAAGUAAAGAAUGGUUGGGGUUGGGAUAACUUUGUUCGUUUAGCUGAACUUGAACAGACUUACUUGGACAAAGAAGACACGUUGAAAUUUGAGACGGAAUUUAAAGUUGUUUCUGAGGCCAAAUACUCUCCCAUUAAUACCUAA